UUGCCAUGACUCACCUGUGACAUGUACCUCCCUUUGGGGCUCAGUUACCUCAUUGGAAGGAUGUCCCCAGGCAGGUGAGAUGAUUAUGAUAGUCCCUGAGUGGCCCAGGUUUCCCUGUGCCCUUUUAACUCUGUGAGUGUGGAAUUUCCACCUAUUUACUGCUGUACUGUCAUUGCAUUUCCUUCUUCCCUUCCUCAUGGAUCUGUCUUUCUUUGUCUCUCUUUCUCUGUUUUUGGUUCUAGAGAUUGAAUCCAGGACCUCUCACAUGCUAGGCAAGUGCUCUAGCACUGAGUUACACCUCCAGCCUGUAGAACUGUUUCUUUAUCCAUUGCCCACGCCUCUUCUCUGCUGAGGGUUUGUUGUUCAGAAACCUUCCCCCAACCUGUAACCGCUAUCCUGGCUCCAAGGUGCCUGGCUGUAAGGCUGGACCUCACUGUCUCAUCUGUUUCAUGUUCUAGGUCUGCCAUUUAUGGUUACCACUUGCUGGGAUUGUUGACCUUGUUGGGAAAUGUGUCUUCCUUUUGGGGUUUUUUCUUCUACUUAAUGUCCCUCAGUUGAGCACUUUCUGCUUGCAAAACAUUUGGCUUUCCAAGCAGUAGAAGGCUCAUUCCCCACCCGGCACUUCUCAUUGUGAGUGCACAUUGCUUCUCCAGGGGCUAAGAUAAGAUUGGAGCUCUAUUUGGUAUCUCCAAGUGGGAUCUGGGAAUCUUCAUUUGUAAAGGGCUCCUAGGUGAUGUUGCUGCUGGUCCUUGGGCCACACCCAUGAGCAAAAGGUCGGGGGUUUGGGGCCAUAGAGGCCUCUGAGAAGCACAUACUGGACUGUCUUGCCUCUCAAUUUCUACUUUGUCUUUGCCUCGGAGGGAUGGCAGCUACCCCCUGCUCUGCUGUCCUGCCAACUUCUUGGUACUUCCGUGCUAUAGCUCCCCAUGCAUCUUUUAGCCAUAGCUCAGGCCCCUCCCAGGAGGUCAGGACAGUGUGGACACAGUUUGGAGGUAAGCCUGGUUUCCCUAAUAUUCCUUACAUUCUUCAGUUAUUCCUCAUCUUCAAGUACCUCUCCCGAAAGUGUGCACAGCCAGGCAGGACCAGGCCUGGGCCUUCUCUGGGACAGCAUCAGCAGGGAAAAUCUAACUGGUCCAACUCAUGACUGGCUUCGAAGCCAGAUAUGGUGGUACACACCUGUAAUCCCAGCUACCUGGGAGUCUGAGGCAGUAUUGCAAGUUUUAGUUCAGUCUGGACAAUUUCGUGAGACCCUAUGUCAGAAUAAACAUUUUAAAAAAGGGCCAAGGAUGUAUCUCACUGGUAGAGUACUUGCCUAGCACGCAUGAGGCACUGGAUUUAAUCGCCAGCACCACAAAAAAACAAAGCCAGGAAUGGUAGAAGAAGGGGAUGAGGCUGUGCUUUUAGGGGGUGCAAGGUUCGGGGGCCACAGGGCCUGGUGGGGUACUGCACUUUACUCUCAAGAGGGAACAGCACAGGGCCAGGCCAGCACAUGCCUAUAAUCCCAUCACUCAGCAGGCAGAGGCAAGAGGAUUGCCAUGAGCUCGAGGACAGCCUGGGCUACAUAGUGAGUUUAGGGCUAUCCUGAACAAAGUGAGACCCUGUGUCAAAAAAAAAAGAGCACAUAGGGGUCGGUGGUUAGGGUAAUAGGCAGAGCUCAGCUCAGAGUGGGCAGCAUGAGUCUCCAGUAGGGCCCCAGGGCUUUCAGGAUGGGUUUGGAGAAGUCAUCGGAGCUUGGAUGGAUGCUAUCUCUUGCUUUGGGCAACAGAGAUGGCCUGAGGUGAAGGAAAAGGCCAGUAGAUCCUCAUCACCACAUCGCCAAUGUGCUGAGUGGAACCCAAGUGUUUGUUUCAUAGAAGCUUCCGUGGAGAUAGGGCUGGGGUCCUGGUGUGUACAGAGCCUGUUGCUUUCCAGGAGGACAGUCUGGGAGCAGAGCCAGGAGUGCCUGGCCAGCAUCCAGACCUGGGCUAGAUUACAUGGCCAGGCUUGCCCAGAGUGGUGUGCCCCAUCCACCACCAGCCCAUGCCUGGUGGCAUGGCAGGAAGUCACUGAAACUGGAGUUGUUCUUAGCUCCCCAAAGCAGACUGCAUGAUGAGGCUCCACCUUGUCCCUUCUGGUAGAGCUGGUCCUGUGCCCGCACAGUGAGUUCAGGAGAACACAGCCCAGGUGAGGCUCUGCUGGUGCUGGGGUGGGAGAGCAGCUGCCUCAGCUCCUGUGAACAGUUUGGUAGUCAAAUCGUUCCAUGAGCCUCAUCACUGGUCCUGUGUCAAAGUAAGGUGAGGAAGGCUGACCAUAGCCUUGAAGUGAGGCUUUGAGUCCUCACUACUGCCUGCUUGUUUUUGUCACCUUGAGCAAGUUGCUUAACCUCCAAGAACAUUUUCUUAUCUGCAACUGGAGGUGGAGAUAAUACUUCUCACGGGGCUAUAGGAGGCUUCAGUGAGACCAGAUCUGUUGAAUGACACCCCUAACCCCUGUCAUACAGACCGAGGACACUGCAUAGGCUAUGGUGGAGGGUAGUGACGGGCAGGGCUUCAUGGAGGAGGACCCUGGGAUGAAGGAACAGAAUGAAUGGAGUCUUCUGCUCCGGCCUGGCUGUUGGGUCCAGCCUGGGCCUUGGGGCUCUUCUGGAUCCCGAGCUGCUUUGUCCCUUCCAGGCAGUCUCUACUCUGCUUUGGGAGUGCUUACCCUUUGCAGCCACACCUAUUCGGGCCACACCUGGAACAUGAAGUGAACAUAAUUGGGGGUUGGUGUUGGUGUGGGACCAGGGCUUAUGCUGCCCUCAGAUUCAGAUUUAGGGGUAGCGGUGGAUGUUCAGUAUCCUCUCUGACACUAGUCAGAUAUGCUUAAACCUCUGAGAAUGGAAGCUGCCUGUUGGCUGUGCUCUUCCUGGCAUGUCUUAUCCUUUCUGUCUGGCAGAGGUGCUUACUCUCAGCUGUCUUCAGUGCCAGCAGAGGGUUCCUGUUUUGCUCUACUUCUGGGUAGGCAUUCCUUUCUGGAAGCAGCCCUCUCCAUUUAGUUCUUUUUUUUGGUACCAGGGAUCGAACUCGGGACCUUGUGCUUGUGAGGCAGGCGGCAAAACCACUGAGCUAAAUCCCCGGCCCCUCCACUUAGUUCUUUGGGGUGGGCUGGCCUGGAGCUUCUCAAUCCCCCAGGCCUCCUGCUGGAAGUUCCCUUCUGAGGAAGUGAGGGAUGGUCACCAGGGAGGGAGGUGGGAUGAGAAAGUGUCCUGGAGAACUGAGUAGGAGGCCUCCUCAGGAAGGGUUCCCUUCGCUGCCCUUUACCCUUUUCACCAGGCCUCUUGGUUGGCCUUGAGGCAGGAAGAAUUCCAGUCCAGGUGCCCGCAGUAGCCUCCAGGAGGGCUCAUUCCUGCCUCAGGGAUCAAGCAUUGAGUGGGAGAAGGGUGAGAAGUAUCAUGUGGCCUGAAACCACGCCCUGAGCUUGGUCUUUACUGGUGGCCUGGUGGGAUAUACUUUUGUCUCAGAUGAAGGACCGCCAGCCUGGUGUCCAGAGGGGAACCCCAAGGAGGCCCAAUAACUGAAGCAGUUCAGAGUGGGCAGCCUGUGGAGUCCAAGGUUCUGGGCAAGGUUGGUGUCCAGGCUGAGGUGGGGUGGUGCCCAUUGGAAUGAGGGGGUGGGGGUGGAGUUCUCUUCAUAAGCAAGGAUUGCAUUCCUUUUUCAUCGCCUUGGAGAGAUGCUGAGCCACAGCAUGUUCUCCUGCCCAUUGGAAAGAGAAACCUGGAGGUAGCCUGGACCAGCCCCCCUACCCCACCAGCCUGAGGCCGUAUGGACUGUCAGAGCUAGACAUAGAGGCGGGUAGGGGAUCUCUGUCCCCAUGGGAUCAUGGAUGGGUGACCAGGCAUUGAUGCACCCCCAGGAAGCCCACGCACUCAAGGAGGCUGUCCCCUCUGGCUGCUGCUCACAUGGUUUCUGGGCCCCUGGCACUCCGGUGGUACGCGUGGGCAGGGCGUGGGGACAUGGGGCCCGACAUGGAGCUGCCCAGCCACUCAAAGCAGCUCCUGCUGCAGCUGAACCAGCAGAGGACCAAGGGCUUCCUAUGUGAUGUCAUCAUCAUGGUGGAGAACUCCAUUUUCCGGGCCCACAAGAACGUCUUGGCUGCCAGCAGCAUCUACUUCAAGUCCCUGGUCCUGCACGACAACCUCAUCAACCUGGACACAGACAUGGUCAGCUCCACGGUGUUCCAGCAGAUCUUGGACUUCAUCUACACCGGCAAGCUGCUGCCCAGCAACUGUCCUGCUGAGCCCAACUUCAGCACUCUCCUCACUGCUGCCAGCUACCUCCAGCUGCCUGAGUUGGCAGCCCUCUGCCGCCGCAAACUCAAGCGGGCUGGUAAGCCCUUUGGCUCAGGACGGGUGGGAGCCACCAGCAUGGGGCGGCCACCCCGAAGCCAGCGACUGUCCACAACCUCUGUCAUCCAGGCUCGGUAUCCAGGGCUCGUGGAUGGGCGCAAGGGGGCCCAUGCACCCCAGGAGCUUCCCCCAGCCAAAGGCUCAGAUGACGAGCUCUUCCUUGGUGGCUCUACCCAGGAGAGCACGCACAGCCUGGGCCAGGGGGUCUGUCCAGCCAGUGGGGAGAUGGGCCUGGGGGGUUGCGGUGGCAGCACCAACGGGAGCAGUGGGGGCUGUGAGCAAGAGCUGGGCCUGGACCUAUCCAAGAAGAGCCCACCCCUGCCUGCUGCCACCCCUGGGCCCCACCUCACGCCUGAUGACCCGGCCCGGCUGAGUGACAGCCAGGAGGGCUCACCCCCCUUGUCCGCUGCCCUGCCUGUUGCCAACAGUGCCUCUUACACUGAGCUGGGUGGCACCCCUGAUGAGCCUAUGGAUUUGGAUGGAGCCGAAGACAACCACCUGAGCUUGCUGGAGGGGCCAGGCGGGCAGCCUCGGAAGAGCCUCCGGCACUCGGCCCGGAAGAAGGAAUGGAGCAAGAAGGAGCCUGUGGCUGGCUCCCCUUUUGAGCGGAGAGAAGUUGGGCCCAAGGGCCCCUGCUCUGGAGAAGAGGGCGAGGGGCUUGGGGACAGGGUUCCCAAUGGCAUCUUGGCUGCCAGUGUUGGUGGGGGUGGCCCCAGUGUGCCCUAUGGGGAGCCUCCAUAUCCCUGCAAAGAAGAAGAGGAAAACGGCAAGGACGGGAGCGAGGACAGUGGGCAAAGUGGGAGUGAGGGGGGCAGUGGCCAUGCUGGUGCUCACUACAUGUAUCGGCAGGAGGGCUAUGAGACCGUGUCAUACGGGGACAACCUGUAUGUGUGCAUCCCCUGCGCCAAAGGUUUCCCCAGCUCUGAGCAGCUCAAUGCCCAUGUGGAGACGCACACGGAAGAAGAGUUGUUCAUCAAGGAGGAGGGAGCCUAUGAGACAGCAAGCUGGGGUGCUAAGGAAGAGGCUGAGGACCUAUCUGCGCCCAGCGCAGCAUACACAGCAGAGGCUCGGCCCUUCAAGUGCUCGAUCUGUGAGAAGACCUACAAGGACCCAGCCACUCUGAGGCAGCACGAGAAGUCGCACUUGCUGACGCGGCCCUAUCCCUGUGAAGUCUGCGGCAAGAUGUUCACACAGCGUGGCACCAUGACACGCCACAAGCGGAGCCACAUGGGCCUGAAGCCAUUUGCCUGCAAUGAAUGUGGCAUGCGCUUCACCCGCCAGUACCGCCUCACCGAGCACAUGCGUGUACACUCAGGCGAGAAGCCUUAUGAAUGCCACCUCUGUGGGGGCAAGUUCACCCAGCAGCGUAACCUGAUCAGCCACCUGCGCAUGCACACCUCCCCCUCCUAGAAGCCAAAGACCCGUGGACGCCCUCUCAUACUCACCACCCGGGAACCCACAGAGAAGCAAGGCGGCACGGCAGAAGGGACCAGAGCCCAAGGUCCAGCUGUAGGCACCUGGUGGCCCCUCUGGCCCAGCCUCCCUACACUCAGAGCUUUAAUCAACAGUCUGUACCAAGAGAAGCCAAGAGGAGGGAAGCCAGAGGGCCCACCCCUGCGCAUGUGGUGCUGGUGACCAUUCUACCUCCCUGUCCCACCCAGGGUCCCAGCUCCCUGCAGGGCCUGCCGCAGAGCUGGUGGGAGUGGGUCACAUGGGUCUCACUGGGACCUAGUCCCUUUCCUGCAGGCUGGGUUGGGGAAGGGGAAGUGUGUGUGUUGGGCGGGAUCCCCCUCCAUGCUGGUGAGGGACAGGGUUGCCUCUGGCCAAGGGUGGUAUCUGGAGCAGGCCCCUACCCGGCAGGGACCGUGUCUGUGUGCGUGCACGUGUGCUUGUGUCUGUGUGGGUGUGUCCGACCCUAGCUCUGAGAGGAGCAGGUGUUGAGGGGACAGCUCCUUCCCUCCUUGAGCCAGGGUGGCAUUGCUCACUGGCGCUGGGACAGUCAGGGUGACCCCACCGCCUGCCUCUACAACUAAAGAGCCCUCUGGGCCUGUGUUGCUGUUAUUCCUACUGAUCUGUUCCUUUUUUGUUGUUACUCUGUUUUGUUUUGUUUUCCUUUUUGAAUUUUGAAUUCUGUUUUUUAAACCAAAACAAACAAUAGUUUAUUUCUUCCUGCCUCUUUGGGGCUGAGCCUGGGUCUGCAGACUGAAUGUAACCGGGCCAGCUGCCUCUCCCUGUCCUCUCCCCAGCUCUGGCAGGUGCUAUGGGGUACAGCAGUAAGCCCAUCUCUCCAGGCCCGAAGCCCUUCUGGCCCAAAGGCUUCCAUGGUCCCCAGCCUUGCCUGGGCCACCUCAGGAGAGCGUGCUUUUCCUGUAGUUUCCGAGGAAUAGUCUUUGUCUAGAGGUACUUGCUUUUUAUUGAGAAAGCCCCGUGUAACAUUUGUGGGACUGUUGGAACUGGAAGGUCUGGGGGAGGGGGGAGGCUGGCCUCAAUGCCAGAAUCGUUGGUACUUGGAUUUUUCAUUUCUGUGUGUAUGGGUGUGUCGUGUGUGCUGUGCGUAUGGACAGAUGUUUCACUUUCCUGCCUCGCUGAACAAGGUGGAGAGACUUCUGACCUUUUGCUACCUCUUGAAUUCACAGAAACAGUAUGUUGUUCAUGGGCAGUUGAGGCCUAGAUGCUUUUCUUUUCCUCUGGGGGGAGUGAGCCGGGCUCGGGCUGGCCUGAGCACCCUCCUGGGUUGGACGCUAUCCUCGGGGCACCCACUGCUCACUGAGCCCGGGUGAGAGUUGAGAGUCCCUGGUAUGGGGCAGGCUACGGGGCAGGUACAGGGCAUCUGAGCAAGAGAAGCUAGGAGGGGAGGGGACAGGUCUCAGCAGCUCCCUGCCAGGGCCAGGAUGAGGUGGAAGUGAGCCCCCUCCCAUCCUGUCCCCUCACCUUGAGCUUAGAGCAGCAGCCUCCGCCUGGCCAGUGAGGUGUCCGGAGGAGGUGACCAAAGCAAGGGGAACAAGGAUCGGCGCCUCUGAGCAGGCCUGGCCCCCAGCCACUCUGGUAAGAGUCUGGCCAUCACUCAUGGGCUGUUUUGUUGCCCCUUAACCAUGGCCUUCUCAGUCAGCUUCAGUACUUCCAUGGGCCUCCACUGGGCUCCAGGCCAGACCGAGGUUGCCAUGCUUGGUCCCAACGUCCUCGGCCAACUGGAGCCGCACGGCUGGGCCAACAGGCUUUAUCUUCUUCAUUCUGUUUCAUGUUUUUCUUUUCUUUUUUCCUUUCAAUUUUAAGUUCAGACCAAAAAAUUCCAGAGUCAUCCCCUACCCCCAGCCCUCCAAAGACCGUCCAGCUGAAAACAGCCUGAGUUCAGGGACCUGAGUGGUGAAUGAUGUGUUCUUGGGAGUGAGGGAGCUCUGGCCACAUGAGGAGGGCUCCUGGCUAAGCCCUCCACGUGGUGUCCUCAGCUGGCCACUCUUUGCUUUGGGUGAGAGACAUAAAGAACUGGACCCUGGGUCUCAGUUCCAACAAGUCAGGCUGAGCACCUGGCAGAGGAGACUCCUGGGCUCCACCCCACCCAGUGAGGAGGCUGAGCUGUGCCUAGCCCCCUGCUCUCUGACCCCACCCCACCCAUCAGCACUUAAGCCACACGACACAAAGUCUGUACCGCACGGGAAUUGUGCACACGCCUGGCCGCGUGCGUGGCCUCCCGGGCCGUGGGCAGCCACAUCUGUGAGGUGACUCAAAAGUAGGUGAUUCCUCUGCAGAACUUCAGGGACUGGGAGCAAAGCCCCCUCACUCAACGACGUCUGUGCGACAUAGUAUUGUACCCACCUUAGUAUUGUAUCAAGCCUUUUCUGUAUUUUAAUGAGAAAGCAAAACACUAGUUUCCUAUUUAAGAUUUUAAGGGUUUACGGGGCGGGGUGGGGUUGACACAACACUUGGUUUUGUUUUCCUUUUCCUUUGACUCCAUGUCUGGUGCGUGCUUGAGAGUGUGUGUGUACAGAUGUUAAGAGCCUCACAAGGAAAUUAGGCCGGAGGAGGCCAACUCGGCUUUCAGUUCUCUGCUUUAGUCACUUAAUUCCUGAAUGUUUCGGAGAAACAGGAAACAGAAUAGCAGAUGUCAUAUAGGAAAGAAGAUAAAAACGAAAGAAUUAAAAAAAAAAAAAAAAAAAAAAUAAAAAAAAAAAAAACAAAAAAAAGGAAAAAAAAAAAAAAGCUCAUACCCAAAUUCACAAAACCUAUUUUUUAAACCAAAGCAUAUUUUGAAUGAGUAUGGAACCUCAAUGGGCUCAGAAAAAAGAUACUAAUAUAUUUAUCUCAUUGUUUACAUAAACUUCUACAGUUUCAGACCUCAGCAGCUGUAAGGCCAGUCCCAGGGAAUCGUUACCUUCUGCUGGGAGGUCCUUCUGAGUCGGCCUGGAACGGUUCACGGGCAGAGAGGUAGUCCUGGGGCCCAAGAACAGGCUAGAAGCCUCUCUGGACUCACGUGAGCCCUCAUCCCCAUUCCUGGGACCUCUCCAAGCCCAGCUGGCACCAAAGAGCUUGGGCUGGUGCUGACCAGUCCCUGAGGCCUGCUGGCUGGACCUUUGUGAUCCCGACCAGCUGGCACAGGGUGGCUGUCAGCUCUGGCUACAGGACCUGAGUCUGGGCUUGGGUCCCAGGGUGGAAAUGAGCUCUCCUUGCUGCUCUGCCCGUGACUCUCUGGGGUGAGUUGAUGUAAGGGUCUCACUCAAGCCAAAAAGCCAGGACCUUUGCACAGCUCAGUCAACUCAGUGGGUCCCCAACCCAGGCAGCAGAAGGGGCUGACUGGGCCUGGUCCUUACCAACACAGAUGGUGCAAACUCUCUUAACAGUGUUGUUUUUGUAUCAAUAUGUUUGUGCAGUGAUGAAUGUAUUUAUUUCUCAGAUUCGGGGUGAGCAAGUGGGUAUGUGGCAGGCUCGGCUCUGCCACUGCCCUCCCCCGCCUGACUGAGCCAUAGCAAGGGCUCCUCCAGGAUUGCAAAAAAGGAAAAAAGAAAAGAUGAACCUUUAAGCAAAUAAUCUCAGAGACUCGCAGCAUAGCCAUAUACCACAGCCUGUGAAACAAACAAUCUGGACCCAGACUGACUCUCCCAAAGUCACUGAGUUGGGGGGUAUGUUUCCCAUCCAUCACCACUGGGGAAGCUGGGCUGAUGGCCCGCUGCCCCACCCCAUCAGUAUUCACUGGACCUCAGGCCCCCAUGCAGGAGUACGAUCUAGCUGGGCGGGUGGGCAGGCAGAUCCUUGCUCUUCUGUGGCCGUCCUGAGUAGGGGGAGGCCUGGGCAGCCAGGAGGGUGGGGCUGAGGAAGCAGGUGCUGCAUCCGUUCUGUCCCCAGGCUUGGAGGACAAAAGCUGAAGGCAUUAAGUCUGAGAAGAGCAGAGGGGUCCUCAGCCCUGCCAUGCCCCCUUUAAGGGACCAAGGUUCUGCUCUUCCCCAGAGUCAUGUUGGAGCUGAUGUUACUGAACCUGUGAAUCGGAUGCCAGUAAUGGAAUGGAGAGGGACCUGACCAGAGCCUCAGUCUGACAUUCCAAACCAGGGAUGGGUGGGAGCUGUGGGAAUUGAGGCUGCCCAGGACCCCCUUCCUAGGAUGCCCCCAGCUUCAGUCACCCUCUUUAAUUUUCUACCAGGAACCCCUCCCCCUACCUCACCUUGCUAUUUAUUGCUAUAAUUUAUUGACCUCAAAAAUGCUGCAUAACAGACCUCAUUUGGGACAGGGAGGGUCCCCAGGGCUCCCCCCCUCCACUUGGCAGGGCCCGGUGGGGCCAGGUGCUGAGGGGAGCCUCUUUGUACCCUACCCAUCACUUGCUUCCCCCCUGCCCCUCUGGGGGCCCCUGGUUGGGCACUGGCCCACUUGCAAAUACCUCGAGGGGGAGGGGAAGGGAUGGGUUUAUAGCUGUUUGUUUCAUUGGAACUGGAAGAGGGAUCAUGUCCUACUAUGCCCUCCCAGAGAGGGGGAGGGACACUGGGAUCGCACUCCUGUACUGGCCACUGCCAUUGUCACUCAUCACAUUGAGUUCGCCUCCCUUGAGAAUUUGGAUAAAUUCAGGUUGGAGCUGCAGGUAUGCAGCCCUCCAGUGUCAUAGAAAAGCGAUUCACUGAUGACUGAUCUCUCCAUUCAGAAGCGUGCAGUCUUAAUGUACAGUGAUGAGAAACUGUUAUUUUAUGAUCUUUUCAUUAAAAGCUUGAUUGAAAACGA